AUGACAGCUCGUUCAAUCUUACAAGUUUUCGAUCAAUAUCAGAAGGCGCGAUUGCUCUUUGUGCAAUCCAUUGCAGAUUUAGCUUCAAAAUCAAGCAACAUCGAUUGUCUGGAAGCAGCAGGUGUCAUUGAUCUCUUACAUCCUUUAUUAGUUGAUACUGUACCAUCCAUCCAACAUCUGGCAGCAAUUGCUCUAGGCAAACUAGCGAAUCAUAAUCCUAGACUAGCGCAUGCUAUCAUUAGAAAAGAUGUAUUGUCGCAUUUGUUGCAACACAUAGACAAACAAAAUAAAUUUUACAAGAAAGCGGCGCUAUUCGUUUUGCGGGCAAUAGCCAAGCAUUCACCGGAGCUGGCGUUAAUAGUGGUACACAAUGAUGGCUUGCAGACUAUAGUUAAAUGCUUGGAGGAUUUUGAUCCUGGAAUAAAAGAAGCAGCUGCUUGGGCAUUAGGAUAUAUCGCGAGACAUAACAAGAAUUUAGCUCAAGCGGCGGUGGAUGCUAACGCGAUACCUCUUCUCGUAUUGUGUCUCCAAGAACCUGAAUUGUAUAUUAAACAAAUUGGUGCAUCAGCUAUUAGCGACAUAAGUAAACAUAGCAUUGAACUGGCGCAGAUAGUAGUAGAUGCUGGUGCAAUUUUUUUCCUCGCGAAAACUCUGCAGGCCAACGUCGAGGCCAAAGCAAAGCGUCAAGUAUUAUUAGCGCUGAGCAGCAUAGCUAAACAUUCUGCAGAUUUAGCGGAAGCUGUGAUCGAGGCAGAGAUCUUUCAGGACAUUUUGGCACACAUGGCGCAUCCGGAUGAGAAUGUCAGUAAAAUCGCGGCGAUUUUAACUAGGGAGAUCUGCAAACAUACGUUUGAGUUGGCGCAGCUUGUAGUAAACAAUGGAGGUAUCGCUGCGCUUAUCGAAUUAAUUAGCACUUCAAAAUCGGCGACCAGAUUACCGGCAAUUAUGGCACUUGGUUACAUUGCUGGUCAUUCCGAUCAACUGGCUGUGGCUAUAAUAAGAUCUGAAGGCAUCGUGCAAUUAGCAGUUAUAUUACAAGAGGAAACGGACGAUCAUAUUCUCGCGGUGACCGUCUGGGCUAUUGGACAAAUUGGCAAAUACACGACCGAACAUGCAAAAGCAGUUGCGAUCGCAAAUCUAUUAUCUAAAUUAUUGGAGCUGUACAAUGAUCCGAUAAGUUCCGAGGAUCUCAAGGCAAAAUGUUAUACAGCACUAAAACAAAUUCUGCAAAAUUGUAUGUAUAUUGAGGCUCUUGAAUCCCUAUUGCAUGACGUGCCUCCUAACAUCCUGAAAUAUGUAUUGGGACAGUUCAGCAAGAUUUUGCCGGUUGAUGCAAGGGCAAGAAAACUGUUCGUAACAUCUGGUGGCUUGAGAAAAGUACAAGAGAUUCAAGCUGAACCGGGUACUACCUUAUCGGAAUAUAUAACAAUUAUUAACAGCUGUUUCCCAGAAGAGAUUGUCAGAUACUAUUCACCUGGUUAUCCAGACAGCCUUCUAGAAGCUGUAGAGCAAUACCAACCAAAACAUCUUUUCGUUUUCAAUCAUAAAUCAUCUGAGAAUAUAGAGGCCAGCUUGGUGAAAUCACACGAUGCGGAAAAGGACUGUGGAAUAGAGAAGCAACCAAUCAGCGUUAUUCUGCGUUAUUCCGAAUAG